UGUUCAUAUUCCACGUCUUCUCCUCUCGUUUUUUUUCCCUUAAAUAACUCACCCAUAUGUUCUACUCUCCCAACAGUCCAUAUAAUCUGAACCAUCCUUGAUUAAUAAAGGCAUAAAGCUUGUUCUUGUUUUUAUUUAUUUGGAGGGUUUUUAUUACAACAAUUAAAAUAAAAUUAAAGGAAGAAGACUUUAUCAAAAUUAGGAAAGAACACAGAAAAUUCAAAGCCUACAGUUUUCUCAUUUCUGCUUCUUCUCUUCUGCUUCCUCCAUCCUGCAGCCGUCUUUUAACUAGAAUAUUAUCCUUUAUAUAUAUCCGUCGUCUUCUUCGUAUAAAUAUUAUACGAACUCGAGGUGUUAAUUUGUCACUUUGUCGAUCGUAUUAAUUUCAAAGAAUAGGAAGAUGGGGUGCUGCGGAUCCAAAGAAGAAGUCACCAAUCCUAUUGUUAGUACUGCUCGAGAGUUUAGUAACUUACCACCAGAAAAGGCGGGAAUGGUACGUAACAAUGUUGUUGGUGGUGGUGGAGUAGGAGGAGGAGGAAGAGCAAGAGUACAUGGGCCACCGCCACCGGUGGUAGGACGAAUUAUAAAACCGGACUUAAAAGUAUACACAUUUUCGGAAUUAAAAAGCGCGACUCGGAAUUUUAGACCGGAUUCAGUGUUAGGGGAAGGAGGGUUCGGGAGGGUGUACAAAGGAUGGAUCGAUAAAACAACAUUGGCACCUUCUAAAGUUGGUGUUGGUAUCCCUGUUGCUGUCAAGAAAUGCAGUGCUGAUAGUGCCCAAGGCCUCAAAGAAUGGAAAACAGAGGUGAACUUCUUGGGGAAGUUUUCUCACCCAAACCUAGUCAAAUUAAUUGGUUAUUGCUGGGAAGAAAAGGAGCUUCUUCUUGUAUAUGAGCACUUAAAUAAAGGAAGUCUAGAAAACCAUCUUUUCCGAAAAAAUGUAGAUCCACCUUCAUGGAGUACAAGGAUUAGCAUAGCAAUGGACGCAGCUCGAGGCCUUGAUUUCUUGCAUACAUCAGAAAACACCGUUAUUUAUCGCGAUUUCAAGGCUGCAAAUAUUUUGUUAGAUGAGAAUUUUGGAGCAAAGCUUUCAGACUUUGGGCUUGCAAGAAUGGGCCCACCAGUUGAUAGAUCUCAUGUCACCACACAAGCUGUGGGCACCUAUGGCUAUGCCGCUCCUGAAUAUAUUAAUACUGGUCACUUAUACGUAAGGAGUGACGUAUACGGCUUCGGCGUUGUGAUGCUAGAGUUGUUAACGGGCUUUAAGGCCUAUGACUUAAGUAGGCCCACUGGUCAGACAAGCUUGGUUGAUUGGUACAGGCCCAUGCUUAGUGAGAAGUCCAAAGUAAAAAAGAUAAUUGACCCGAGAAUGGAUGAGUACCCACCCGAAGGUAUAAACAAGUUUGCCCAACUCAUAUUAAGAUGUCUCCAAAAUGACCCGAAAAACAGGCCCCCAAUGUCAGAGGUUCUUAUAAUCUUGGAAAGGAUUAGUACCAUUAGAAUGAACCCAAAGAGCUCAAAGCCCAGCUCUUCAAAGACUAGAAGGCCUCAUAGUUAUCAUCCUUCUCCGACGCAUCGUCUAGGUGGAGGUUCCAGCCCAAGGCCCAGAGCCCAUACCCUAGGUCUGUAAAUGUAUGUUUGUAAUGCUACUAAAUUUUGUUUCCGAAAUAUGCUGCUAAAGCUUCUCAUUAUAUAUACUUUAGUUUUGAACAUGAUUCUCACAAUAUUCUUCAUGUAGGAUUGUAGUGAUAUCACAUUUUUUGGCCUGAAUGGUAAAAUAUUAAAAAUGGUGUUGACAUCUAGAAAGAAAAA